AUGCCAGAUGAAACGCUAGAAAAGGCCAGGAAAACAUCUCAAGACAGUGAAAUGGAGAGACAGAGUGAGAGUGAAACUCCACUUACGCUUGAAAUGGAGGAAGAAACAAGAGAAAAACCACUUGCGUAUGCAAAACUUGUUGUCACACACUCGAAAACAGCUUUUGGUAAGUGAAUUACGCCGCAUUAUUAUAUGGCACGGCGGUCCAUCUACAAAAUGCAGCAUUUUGAUUGGUUCCUGAGCGGUCGGUAAAGGCCCUGUCACACUAUUGCGUAUGAGAGAAGCGUAUGAGAAAUUAAUGAAAUAAUUUUAUACGCACAUAAAUCCUUUGAAAUGCAAGCGUAUGAGUACCGUACAUCUGGCGUACCUCUAGCGUAUUCAGCGUGUGCCUAGAGUAUGCUUAUCGUAUAAACCAUAGGUCCGAUACGCACAAAAUUUUUGAACAUGCUUAAAAAAAUUUUCUGCCUCGCCGUAUGCCACCGUAUGCGACCGUGCUUGAAACGUAUACAACCUAUGCCGAGUGAUAUUUUUCAUACGCUGGCAUACGCUAGUACGAUACGCAAUAGUGUGACAGGGCCUUAACCUAUAGUACUCACUUGAUCGCAUAGUAUGAUUAUUUAGAUGAACGGCUCCGAAGAAAAACAUAAAUCACUCUUUCCCCAGUAAAAUUAAAAGACUAUAAGUACGUGACCUUGGCAAAACUUUUAUAUAAAAAAAACUUACUAUUCCACUCUAAUUUGUGCUAAUACGUUGUUUAACAUAUGUAAUAUAUAAAAACGCUUUUUACUAUAACACUUAAAAUGCUGACAGAGUGAUACUUAAAACUUGCUGCCAUUGAAUGACUUUUUCGGCGAACUAAAGUGAGCGCCAUUGAACGGCUUUUUUGGCGAACUAAAACUUGCCGCCAUUGAACGGCUUUCUCGGCGAACUAUUUUAACUUGUCUAUGAAUGCUUUGUUAAUCGUAUGCAGGGAAGAAUCAUUCAUCUGUGCCGGGUUUUACCCCCCCCCCCCUUCAAACAUACAUUUUUGAAUUUGCUUUGCUUAUUUUCGUUUCAAGGUAUUGGUGUCGGUAUCCAUGUUUUUAUGCUAUUUUUAACUGUGAUUUUGAUCCUAAGUGGUUAUGAUAUCAUGAAGCCGGACUUCACAACGCUACCUUUGUCUCUGGACGAAGACUCGACGAAACUACGAGCAGAUGCUUGGCAAAAUGUCCACACGGAUGAUUCCAUUACGCCCAGCUCCUCCGCGACAUCGGGCCAAAAAGAGAGGAGCAUCUUGUACAUGCCUUUGGAAUUGUUUUACGAAUCUGAGAGUGGGAAUGUAUUCACGAGAGAAAACCUGUUGAAAAUUCAAGAAAACGAGGAUGCUCUUUUCAGUGAUCCAGAAUACAAAAGUCAACUUUGUCAAAUGCAAACUAUUGGCUCAAACCAAACAUGCAAACUACCUUUAUCUAUCAUAAGAUUUUUCGACGGGACUUAUAAAGGUAUUGAUGCCACGUUUGAGGAUCCAGAUUUCAACAAUAUAAUUACAGUUCUAACAAAAGCGAAAAAUAUCACAAUGACUUCAGCUAUCUUAAAUUUUCAUAUCGGAAGAGACGCUGUUAUUGACAGGGAUAGAAACAUAGCAAGCUCUAAGUACACAAGAUCUCUCUUGUACUUUGGCUGGCCUUUGAAAGGAUAUAAAUCCACAGAAAAUAAAGACAACGAGCAAAGGAAAAAGCUAGACAAAGCGAUAGCUGACUUAUACACUGAGAGAUUGGACGAAAUCUACAAAGAUAAACUUGGUGAUGUGAAUUUCUACUAUUUUAAUUUGGCACUCAUGACGAAGGCGAUAGAAUCACAAGUUAUUUACGAUAUGGCUCUCGCCAUUGCUAGUUUUAUCUUCAUAUUUGCAUUCAUGUUGCUACAGACUGGUUCGCUUUGGAUCACAUCAUGGGGGAUUUUCAGUAUAAUAUCCAGUUUUAACAUUGCUAAUUUCAUCUACCGUGUCGUAUUCGACUACAAUUACAUCGGUAUAUUUCAUGUGCUUGCCAUUUUUAUAAUUUUGGGCGUCGGAUCGGAUAACAUCUUCGUUUUCAUGGAUACCUGGAAGGAAUAUGGCCGAAACCACCCCAACUCUGACCUUGUUACUCGACUCUCCGUGGUGUUUAAGAGUGCUGCGAAAGCUACGUUUAUUACUUCCCUUACAACAACCAUCGCAUUUCUAUCAAAUGUACAAUCACCACUCCUUGCAGUCUCAUCUUUCGGCCUUUUCUCAGCUAUAUUGGUUGCGGUCAAUUACGGUUCCUGUACUUUGUUCUUACCGACAGUCAUCAUUUUCCAUGAACAGAGAAGAAAGGGUCGUUGUUGUUUCUGGGAUAUGUGCCGUCGAACUAGACCUGAACAACCAAUAGAAAUUCCUGAAAUUGGAGAAGAAACGGAGAAUAACGAAAUACCCUCGAGCAACAAUAAAGGAAAUUUUGUGAUCCAAUUUCUUGGUGGUUGGUUCUAUGAAAAAGUCAUCACGCACAAAUAUGUACGCUGGGGUGUUUUGAUGUUUUUCUUUGUCAUGGUUUGUGUCUUCCUGGGAUUCGCAGCUAAACUAGGACCUAAUAAAGAAGAGGUAAGUCCAGUGGCGAAGUUAGCCAUGGCAACUGCUCAUGCUAUGCUAAUAAACCUGCAUUUAAAUAGGUUCAAGACAAUACAUUUCUAAAGGUUUGAAUAAUGCAAAUCAUUAAAAAUUGCAUAGCAUGUUUGUUGCAAAUUUGUUGCUAUGACCAGCUUCGCCACUGAGAAAGUCAACAGUAAAGAAUUUUCAAUGAUCAAUUUUGUCUAAUUCAGGGGAGUGAGGCGGAUUUUUGAAACUUAAAUAUUCGACAUCCCCAGGAAGAAAUCUUUAAGGCCUGCAUGCACGAUUAUUCGUAAUGAUUGUCAUCAUGGCGUGUGGAAAUUACUGCUCAUGCUGCUCAUUAUUUAGUUUAUGACGAAAUUUCUUUUGUUUGAUUACAUACGCCAGAAUAAGAAUCGUAUACGACUAAUUAUAUCGUCUCAGAAUGGAGACCAUACAAAAAGCUGACUCGGCCAAAAAAACAUGGCGCCGCCACGCCAUUGUUCGCAAUGAUCAGUCAUCAAAAUGGACUCGCUAUGUUCCUAGCCAGUGCUUCGAAGUGCUCUUAUGAGGGACAUUCACCUCCCUGAAGGUUCGCCAUUUUAAAUAUUCUCAGGGGGGUGAAUUCCUCUCAUAAGCGCACUGGCUAUGAACAUGGCGACAGCAUUGCAAUGAUUACGUCAAGAACAUUACAUAUAGUCAAGACCAACAAGUCUAUGGCGUCAAAUCUCCGCCAAAAUUCAUGUUCGUAUUUUCAACAUUAACGUUUGUAUUUUCAACAUCAACGUUCACAUUUUCAACAUCUUUCUUCUCAUUUUCAACAUCAAUGUUCGCAUUUUCAAAAUCUUUCUUCGCAUUUUCAACGUCAAUGUUCGCAUUUUCAACAUCAACGUUUGUACAUUUUCAUUACUAACUUGAAUUUUGGCGGAUAGUAUGGCGUCAAAUCUCCGCCAAAAUUCAUGUUUGCAUUUUCAACAUCAAUGUUUGUAUUUUCAACAUCAAUGUUCACAUUUUCAACGUCAAUGGUCGCAUUUUCACAACAUUGUUUGCAUUCUAAAUGAAUUUAAAACCCAAAAUUCAUUCGUAUUCGCACUUCCGCCGUGCCCCAUGACUCAAUGCCUGUGGUUGGGUUUAAACCACGAGGAAACAAAUUUAUAUUUUAGAGAAUUCUCGACUGUGAAAUCAAUAUUAAUUCUAUUCCAAAUGAAUUAGGUUCUGCUCGAACAACUCUGCUCCAACUUGCAGAAAGACUAAAUACUUUGCAAAGGAACACUCAACAUAGAGUUAAGCUGUGUUUGUCUUCAUCAAUAAUUCUCAUCAAUAAUUCAUAUUGCAUCUCAUGCAUGUAUUAUUCAAAUUUGUAUAUAAAUGUUUCCAUCCUGCGAGAACAAAAAAUAAUAUGCUAAUUCUUUUCAAACGAAAUAUGACGUAAUUCAACACGUCAAUGUUAUAUCUGUUGAAAAAAAGCUAAACCUAUGACAAACAUGUGUUACUAUUGUUGCAACUGACCCCUAUGGAAAGGUCUUCAACCCGCUUUGGAAUGGCAUUUUCAAGCUUUAACCCCUCUGGAAACAGACUGAUUAGCCCCCUUGGAAAUCAAGGUCUUUGACAGGGGGGGGGGGUGCGGGUAUUAAAUGCACUCAAUAGCCCAAUGGUCCCUUACUCCCUUUGGGGUAAAUUUUAUAAAACAAUUUUAUAAAAAAUAUGACAAUUAACAGAUGUUUGUCAUAGGUUUAGCUUUUCUUAGCAAAUAUAACAUUGACGUGUUGAACUUACGUCAUAUUUUGUUUGAAGAAAAUUAGCAUAUUAUUUUUGUUCUCUCAGGACGGAAACAUUUAUAUACAAAUUUGAAUAAUACAUGAGAUGCAAUAUGAAUUAUUGAUGAAGAAUUAUUGUAUGGCGCGGUCAAACAGCUUGUACCUCUAUGUUGAGCGUUCCUUUGCAAAGUAUUUAGUCUUUCUGCAAGUUGGAGCAGAGUUUUCAGGAUUCAUAUUGAUUUCACAGUCGAGAAUUUUCUAAAAUAUCAAAUUUAUUUUCUCGUGGUUUAAAUCCAAUCACGCUAACAACGUCUGCGCAGGAGGCUAGCCGGAAGUGGAAUACGAAUGAAUUUUGUUUUUUAAAUUAAUUGAGAAUGCAAACAAUGUUUGAAAAUGCGAACAUUGACGUUGAAAAUGCGAACAUUGAUGUUGAAAAUGCGAACAUGAAUUUUGGCGGAGUUUUGACGCCAUGCAAUCCCCCAAAAUUCAAGUUAGUAAUGAAAAUACACAAACGUUGAUGUUGAAAAUGCGAACAUUGACAUUGAAAAUGCGAAGAAAGAUGUUGAAAAUGCGAACAUUGAUGUUGAAAAUGCGAACAUGAAUUUUGACGGAGAUUUGACUCCAUACAAGUCGGCAUUCCAUAUAAGGUAGCUCUAUUCGGCGGAUAGUCCCGGACUUCUGAAGAAAAUAUUUUCGCCUGUUAGCAGGGAGUGCGAAUUGGUUUUCGAGCAAAGUUUGCAAAAAAAUUCUGAAAGUGAAAAAAAAAGUUUUAUUUUUAUAUUUCAUUGAUUUAAUUUGAUUUAAAGCAAUCUUGUUCCCCGAGCCUGCGAUCCUCGGGAAGGAACGCGAGGCUCUGGGAUAAUCCGUUUCAGGGAGGAAUCUGAUUGGCCGUUGAAAUGGAUGCGUAGUUCAAUCUUAGCCAGGAUUCCUGGCUUCCGGCAACGGAUUAUCCCAGAGCCUCGCGUUCCUUCCCGAGGAUCGCAGGCUCGGGGAACGAGAUUGGAUUUAAAGUAUUUGAAAUGAUGAGUUUGAAUCGAAUUGAUUAUUGACUUAAUCGGAAUUAAUUUACUAGUUUGAUUUGAAUUUGUUGAUAUGAUUGAGUGCUUCUGAUUGAGGUCAAUCGAUUUCACACGGUGAUAUUGGUAAAUAGUAAUUCACCGUGGCUGUCUUAUGCGAGACAAAUAUUCAUCCCAGAUUUGGCUGAACCUUUCAUUGAACAUGUAACAAAACACUUGUUUCGUUUUCAUAGACUCAGGUGUUUGGGGAAAACACAAACUGGGGCAAAGUUGCUGAUAUGAGAAAGAGUGCAUUUCUGCCAAGUCAAGAAGAUAAUGUUCUUGUUGUGCAUAUUAUCUGGGGUUUGAAGGAGCAAGAUCGCAGUGAUUGUCAUAUGACUGAUUACAAAUGUAAAGGAAGAACAGUUUUUGAUAAUAGCUUUGACAUGAACCCACCACCAUGCCAAACUGCUUUACUGGUAAGUUUUGUCUUUACUUAUAUAGGCAAUAUAGCCUCCUACAGAACUUUGACAUUUAAAUUAACUGCGUGGGUUUCAAGUGAUGACUAAGUUUGUCACCCACCCCGAGAUUUUUCCGCUUACUCCAGCUCUGCUGUGUAGUACUGAACACUGGACCAUUAAUUAAGGGAAGAAAAAAAAAUUACAUUGCUUUCUCUUUAGCUUCGGAAACCCAUGAUGACUCCUGUUCUGUCUGGGUGACUAAUCCAAAUAUAUCCAGAACAGUCAUAUUUCUCGUACGCGUAGAUUCCAAGGAAUAUCCGUGACGUAUUUAUCACGUGAUCUGUCAUUUAUUUCAGAAAUUCUGUGGGGAACUUCAAACUCUGCCGAGUGAGCAAGAGAAGAAGCUACGGUUGAGACGCAAUGAAGUUACAGGCAAAGUUGAAGUACAGUGUGUUUUUAGCAGACUGGAUGAGUGGAUGGAGGUAUAUCGCACACUUGCUUGCUCCCAUGAGUAAUAAUAUAUUUCUGAGAUGUAAAAUAAGAGCUCAGAAAAUGUACAUUUUCAAGUUGUUUAUUUUGUUGACAUUUUGUGUUUAAUCCACGCAUGAUUCACGCCGGCUCGUAUCCGUGCCGAUUAAUCUUUGCACUUAUUGAUGAAGCAAUAUUCCACGUAAUUUGCUUUUCUCAUUCCAUUUACUUUUCGGAAUCUCGCUUUAGACUAAAAGUGAACCUUUGUCAUGCUGUAGUUGUAUAUGAAGAUUAUAUAUCAGAUUAACAUUUGCCACGAUCAAAAUAGGGCCUCCAGAAGCAACAUCAAGCGGCAGGGACAGGCAUUUCAAAGGGGUACUUACUUCCAAGGCCGUAAGCGGGAUUUUUUCACGAGGGAGGCAGUAAGGUCCCAGAUACCCAAAGAAUAAUUAAGUUUAAUGUCAUUCUAAAAAUCGUAAAUAUAGUUUUCUCUGGAGGCAGUUGCCUCCUGCCCCCGCUGUGUACGGCCCUGCUUACUUCUGGGCACUUGGUGUACAUAUUCUCGAUUACGUACUUGUAGCUAAUACAAUUGGACAAAUUUCUGCUUUGAUCGGAACAAUUUGUUGUUCUUUCAGCACGCCGUAAAAGAAUAGAAUGCGCUGUAUACAAAACAACAUGACUGCUCGUGAAUUAUUUAGGAAGUUUGAUGUGUUUUCACAGGUAGAAACCUUGGUAACGUUUCUGAGAGGAAUUCGAAAUUUCAAAUUUGAGCUAAAUUGCUUGAAAAAGUUCUCAAUUUCGAUUCAUGUGAAUAACGCACAGUUCUGGUGAAAAAAGGCAAACUACUGUCCCCUGCUGCCCAACGUGCUGCCCCUGCACUGUUUUGGAAACCGGAGCAGCUGCCCUCGUGGCUUAGGUGCCCCUAGCCACGACCUAACAUGGCUAACGUCUCCGUUAGGCGCUUGGCCUUAAAUCAGCUGUUAUUUUCUUUAUUUACAGAUAGAAAGUAACAAGACGAAAUAUCCUGCUGGUUCUGACUUCACACUCCCUACAAGUGGCGAGAAGAUAAUACCACUAAUGGCCGCUAACCCUCAACUAUACAACGUCUCAAGGUUGCCCGAUACAUACUACAGGUUUUUUGAAGUUGCACUUGGGUACUUCAUCUUUGAUGGAAAAUCACCUGAAUAUGCAAAUACUUAUGAUUUCGAAGUGUACAGUCCAUUGGUUGGUGGAUCUUUGGAUCAGGGCAUUACAGGAGGAACCAACUAUAUCCUCAUGCAAGGUAUACUUCCAUAUUGUUUAUUGUUCUCGAAAUCGUAGAUUAGUAACAAUGGUAAUGCUAAUAAUGGAGUCAUUGAAUCAUUUUCUGAGAAAUAAUUUCUGACUGUCCUAAUCAUGAACAAUAUACUGAGUAACUUGGAGCGGUCCUCAUGAGUGGAUUAAGCUAAUGUUCGGGAAAAUGAACGGUCUUCUCCACCUAAAAAAACCUGAUUUGGUAAAAAUAUUUCUGAUAUGGACUGCUUUUAGUGGGCAGGCACGGUUCUAUUUUCAGUAAAUGUAAAUGGUGUUGUCCGUAGAAUUUUCUUCGAGUGUAUCAGGGGUGUCCAGAAUGGCAGAUCCCUUGAAAUCCCUUGUGCUUAUGGAAUCUGCAGUUAUAGAAUUUCUUGCAUUAGGUAUGUACCCUAAUUAAUUCCACAGACAGGUCCAAAGUUAUUCUGUGUUUGUUUUCAUCCCUCAACAAAUUCAUCCUGGGGAGGAGAAAUCAGUUUCGAAUAUACACCGCCUGUCUUCACCUAGAAAGCGCUUAGUGAUAACAUUAGCGAGCUUAAGCAAGCGACCUUUUGUCAACACGGAAGUCACCCGAAAGUGAUCUAACUAAAUUUGGCGGCAUUUCAUGAUCAUAGUGCUGGUGUAAAGAGGCAAAAAACUUUAAAAAUCUUAUGUUUUGUCAUAUGUGUUGAAGAUUACCACACAUGAUACGAGCACAGUUUUCAAUCCAGUCCCCCCUCGGCAAUCUGAACGUCCGUGUUGACAAAAAAGUCGCUUGUUUCAGCUCGUUUCUAUAGCUGAGAUGAAAUUGCUCCUCUCUGAUGUCGCUAACAUACAGCAGAAUGUUCACAUACCCCAUGACAAAUGACAGUUGCUGGAACUCGGCCUAUCUUUGCGCAAAAUAGGCAAGUUGUUGGAAAGUUUGCUGUAAUAUAGCUAAAAAUCACCAAUUUUGAGUUUAAAUUGCAUAUUUAUGACCCCAUCACCUGAAAGGGUGAGUUCCGCCACUAAGACAUGGAAUGUCGUGAAUGAAUGAAUGAAUUGAUUAAUUUUGUUUUGUUUUUGUUUUCCAGGCAAUAAGUAUGGUCAUCGUCUAAAGUUUUUAGCCAUAGCACUAAACACGACAAUAAACCCUCGUACUUUAUCUUAUAAAGAAGGAUUACCUAUCUACCGUGACUGGGAAGAUUUUGUUAAUAAACACGUGAGUAAGAUAUGA